AGGACAUUCAGCAACUGUAACGCUAGGGUACAACAUGUUCGGACCACCUCGCCGCCCUGAUCGCAAGAAGGCCCAGCGCGAGCUGCGGCAAAGCCUUGUCCUUUUCGGCACCCUGUGCGUUACCGUCAGGGCCAUUCCAUACAUCCUCCAUCUCUACCAGAAGGCGACAGCUUAAUGCUGCUCGGCCAGGCUUGUUGCGAAACGCCUGAGCAGUUUCGGCGGGCACCAUGAGCGACAGGGCGAGAUCGGUGGACCCAAGCGCAGCCGGCCAGGCAGGCCGCUCGAAAAAGCAGUCACAGGCCGAUGCCAAGGGCACCAGGCGGCGGCCCGGGAUGGCCCGGCCCAUGGCUCAAGCAGAGGAGGUCGAAGUGAAGGAGAAGAUUAGCUUGGUGCGCCUCCGAUAUGAGGGGGCGCCAAAGGAUGGCCAGGAUGACCCACAUAGAGUACUUAUAUCUAAGGUGCACAAGGCCGCACAGCUCCAGCUUAGCGAUGACCGGCUCAGCGUGACAGGCUACAAGGGUUUUCGCACCGCACGAAGCAGCCACGGCACGCACGAGGGCGCGCUGUAUUGCGAGGUGCGAAUCACACGGAUGGGUGUCAGCGGGCACUGCCGCCUCGGCUGGUGCACGCGCAAGGCUGAGCUACAGGCGCCAGUUGGCUACGAUACCUUUGGCUUCAGUUAUCGCGACGUGGACGGCAGCAAGGUCAGCAACGGCUUACGCGAGCCCUAUGGGCAACCGUUCCGGGAGGGCGAUGUCGUUGGCAUGUACAUAUACAUGCCGAAAGGCGGACGCACGCUGGAGCCGCAGCAGAACGAGUAUGCUAAGUACAAGGGCAGAUGGAUGCGCAUUGAAGAUCCUGAACCGAACCCAGAGCCACUCCCCGGCAGUGUCAUUGCAUUCACAGUAAACGGCCAGUACCAGGGCGUGGCUUUCCGAAAUUUCAACGAAGGCACCUACUACCCAGCGGUGUCCAUCUAUACAAUGCCGGAGCAGACGGAGGGUGCCAUGGUCACGCUGAAUUUCGGACCCCGUUUCGAGUAUACUCCUCCCCAACCAGAUGGUUGCCCGCCCGCGACGCCUGUCUGUGAUCUCGCGUCGUCGUCACCUACACUGCCCGCUGCGGAGGCACUGCAGGGUGUGGCGGCGCCACAGGGUGUAGGGCCGUUGAAUUCGGGGGCUCCAGAGGUGGCAGUGCAAGUGCCCGGUCAAUCAGAGGGAGUCAUGCCACCCCAGGGAGCUGUAUCGCAGGACGUGGACAUGAAGGAUGGGCUGCCUGAGGCCCCCUGAGGCGGCGGAGGCCAUUUGCGACGGUAUAUAUAUGGCUGCAGCGGCAGAGACGAGAACCGCCUGAGUGUAUUUCAGUAGGUGGUGCGGUGCGUUGGAACGCAUGCGGUGUCUGGGUUGAGGUUAAUUGGAACAUUUGCAGCUUCGUUGGGAUUUUUACAGUACAGAUGUAUGUGUCGACCGAGGAAAAUUUGUCCAGCACGUGCCCGUAGAUUUGGUUAAGGCCCCCAUUAAGCCUGUUGCCUGUGAGGUUUCGCAUCAAAAGGCCAGGCAACUAGACCGCUGUCACAGACCGCUGUCACAGAAGUUCUCACACGCCGCCAGCUUGUAAUUCCCGCGAGUUGGUUCGUCGACUGGACAUCCAGAGGCGUCUUCAUCAGACGUUUGCCCGCCGUGCAAGACGCAUUUGAGCGCCACCUUCGUUAUGAGGUGCUUUGCUUGUAUUUGGACACAUCAAGCAGUUGUUUGCCGCACAUUGAGCAGAGGCCUGGACGGGGCGAGCAUGGCGACAGCGACGUAACGGCAAAUAAUGCACAUAUCGGUCAGCCAGGCAAGAGCACGGUACAAACUUACCCUUCACAUAGGCGCAGCUUUGGCAAUAGAGCCCAUCUUGGUGGAGAUUCUGCCGAGAAAGGGAAAGGGUGCAUUGUAUAAGGGAAGGCGUGCGCGCGUAUGUAAAAUGGACCCAUUGGACCACGUAAACG